UGGGCUUGGCUCGCACCUCCCUUCUCGGCAAGAUGGCGGCUCCUAGCUGUAGUGUGCCUGGCCUCUGGGUCCGGGGUUCCUGGCAGCGUCUGGGGAAUCUCUUCACUUUCGUCUCAAAGCCACUUUGUUCCGCUGCUGCUGCCUCUCGGCCCCUGGAUGCCCAGCGAUUAGCGGAGAGGCUUCGAGCCCAGAAACAGGAACAAAAGACGAAGAAGCCGGUGCCCACAAACCCUGUUCAGCGGAGAGUGCAAGAACUACUGCGGUUCACAGAGCAGCUGCAGCGCGUCCACCCCAACGUGCUUGCUAAGGCGCUGAGCCGAGGACUUGUCCACCAGGACAAGGACCUUGUGGUCAUCAAUAAGCCCUACGGUCUCCCUGUGCAUGGUGGCCCUGGGGUCCGGCUCUGCAUCAGUGAUGCACUGCCUGUCCUGGCGAAGAUGCUUCACGGCCACAAGGCAGAGCCCUUGCAUCUGUGCCAUCGGCUGGACAAGGAAACUACAGGCGUAAUGGUGUUGGCUUGGGAAAAAGAAGUGGCGCAUCAAGUCCAAGAGUUGUUUAGAACCCGUCAGGUGACAAAGAAGUACUGGGCCAUCACGAUGCGCGUCCCGGUGCCCUCAGCGGGAGUCGUGGACAUUCCCAUCAUUGAGAAGGAGGCGCAGGGCCAGGAACGACACCACAAGAUGACGCUGUCCCCGAGCUACUGCAUGGACAAUGGGAAGAUAGUGAGGGUGCGGACCAGCAGGAACGCACACCUGGCUGUGACUCAGUACCGGGUGCUGAGCAGCACCCUCUCCUCCGCCCUCGUGGAGCUCCAGCCUAUUACCGGAAUAAAGCAUCAGCUUCGAGUUCACCUGUCUUUUGGGUUGGAUUGCCCAGUCCUUGGUGAUCACAAGUACUCAGACUGGAACAGGCUGGCCCCCCAGAGGCUGUCUGCCUGCCUCCUGAAGAAGAUGGGGCUGCCGCAGUCCAAGGCCCGCCACGUCCCCCUGCACCUGCACGCCCGCCAGCUGACCCUGCCUGCCCUGCAGCCCGGGAAGGAGGGCCUCAACUUGGUCUGCAAGCCUCCUCGAUGCUUUGUCCUUUCCCUGCGCCGUCUGGGCUUGAAGAUGCCGAGUCGGGAUCAAAAUGGGGACGAGGAAGCCACACACUCGGGAGCACAGUGAAGACGGUUGGGCAGUUUGCCCUGAAUUCUUCUCUCUGUUUAAGGGACUCUGCUAACUUCUCACUUGGGACAGACCCAGAAGAGCCAGGCCUGAUGAGUUGAAGAAACAGCUGCUUCAGGGCUCUUACUGGGGCCUAGUGUCUGUUUCUCGACACUUUGGCCACAUGCUGGAAAAGCCAGCAGGCAGUCUGCCUGCUUCAGAGUGGAAGAGAGCCCAGGACCAGGAGAACUAAAGCACAGAAUCUGUGAUCAGGAACUGUUUUUACCCAACAAUAAAGCUCUUGGUCUGUCAGGAAA